ACGGCAGCAGAGAGGGUGCAGAAUAUAUUAAUUUUUUAAAUAAAAAGAAAUAAAGCAGAGAGAGAGACCAGACCAGGGGUUAUAAGGGGCUCCUUUUUCUCAAUUUCCCUUCGCCCUUAAGAAUAAAAGCAAGAUUCCCUCUCUUCCUCUUCUUCGCCAAGUCACUGGAGCUCGCCGCGUUCGUCUUUUAAUCUGGACAAUGAGUGCCAUACCCAAGAAGAAAACUUUGGCAGAAAAUGGGGAUAAAGGAAUUGACAUAGGCCUGGUUACUGCAAUCACAAAUGGCGAGGAUUUGGGUCCCAUUGUUCGCCAUGCUUUUGAAUUGGGGAAGCCGGAGGCUCUCACGCACCAACUCAGAACCAUUGCCAAGAAGAAGGAAGUUGAGAUAGAGGAGCUCUGCAAGCUUCACUAUGAGGAAUUCAUUCUUGCUGUUGAUGAGCUACGUGGUGUGUUGGUUGAUGCUGAUGAGUUAAAAAGCAUGCUAUCCAGCGAGAAUUUUCGGCUUCAAGAAGUGGCAAGUGCUCUUUUGUUGAAGCUUGAGGAGCUCCUUGAGCUCUAUUCAAUCAAGAAAAAUGUUACCGAGGCCUUGCAGACAUUGAAGAUCUGUGUGCAGGUCUCAAAUCUAUGCCUGACGUGCAACUGGCACAUAUCAGAGGGCCGGUUUUACCCUGCACUGAAGACUUUGGGCUUGAUUGAGAAGGGGACCUUGCAAAAUAUUCCGGUCAAGGCUUUCCGAAAGGUUAUUGAGAAGCACAUACCAGCAAUAAAGUUGUAUAUUGAGAAGAAAGUUUGUUGUGAAUUCAAUGACUGGCUCGUGUAUAUUAGGGGCAUGGCAAAGGAGAUAGGGCAGUUGGCUAUAGGACAGGCUGCCUCGGCCCGUAAAAGAGAGGAGGACAUGCGUUCUCGCCAAAGAGAAGCUGAAGAGCAGAGCCGUUCGGGGGUUGGUGAUUGUGUGUACACCUUAGAUGUCAAGCAUAUUGAUGAAGAUUCAGUGCUAGAAUUUGAUCUUACACCUGUAUACCGAGCACAUCACAUCCACACUUGUCUUGGCAUUGAGGAGAAGUUCCGUGAUUACUACUGCAAGAAUCGGCUGAUGCAGCUGAAUUUGGAUUUGCAGAUUUCAGUGGCACAGGCCUUUCUUGAAUCCCAUCAACCCUUCUUCACACAGAUUGCUGGGUAUUUCAUUGUAGAGGAUCGGGUUCUACGGACAGCAGGGGGAUUGUUGUCAGAGAGUCAGGUUGAGACAAUAUGGGAUACAGCUGUUGCCAAGAUGACAUCUGUUCUAGAGGAUCAAUUCUCUCACAUGGAUGCUGCAAGCCACCUUCUACUUAUCAAAGACUUUGUCACUCUUUUGGGGGCAACCCUUACACGGUAUGGAUACAGGGUAACACCUCUGAUGGAGGUUCUGGAUAACAGCAGGGACAAAUACCAUGAGCUUCUCCUCAACGAAUGCCGGAAGCAAAUAGCUGACAUCCUUGCUAAUGACACUUUUGAACAGAUGGUGAUGAAAAAGGAAUAUGAGUAUGACAUGAAUGUCUUGUCAUUCCAUAUUCAGUCUUCAGAUAUAAUGCCAGCUUUCCCAUAUGUGGCAAGCUUCUCUUCAUCUGUUCCCGAUGUUUGUCGUAUUGUGCGCUCCUUCAUCGAGGACUCAGUCAGCUACUUAUCAUAUGGAGGUCGCAUGAACUUCUAUGAUGUUGUAAAAAAGUAUCUAGACAAGCUCUUGAUUGAUGUGUUGAAUGGUGCUUUGCUGAACAUGAUCCACAGUGGGAACUUAGUCGCUUCACAGGCAAUGCAAAUUGCAGCCAAUAUAGCUGUUCUUGAGCGUGCUUGUGAUUUUUUUCUCUUGCAGGCUGCCCAACUCUGUGGCAUCCCUGUACGUAUGGUUGAAAGGCCUCAUUCUGGUUUGACUGCUAAGACUGUUCUAAAGGCCUCACAGAUUGUUGCCUAUAAUGCACUGUUGAACUUGGUGAACUCCAAGUUGGAUGAGUUUAUGGCACUCAUGAGCAAUGUCAAUUGGACAGCUGAUGAUGCACCGGAACAUGCAAAUGAUUAUAUCAAUGAGGUCCUUGUCUACCUUGAUAGCAUAGUGUCCUCCGCUCUGCAGAUUUUGUCUUUAGAGUCCAUGUACAAGAUUGGAGUUGGUACACUGGGUCACAUCUCUGACUCUAUUGUGUCAGCUUUCCUUAGUGAGAAUGUGAAAAGAUUCACUAUUAGUGCUGUGAUGGGCAUCGACAAUGACCUCAAGAUGCUAGAAUCAUUUGCAGAUGAGAGGUUUGAAAGCACAGGAUUGAGCGAGUUGAAGAAAGCAACCAGUUUUAGAGAUUGUUUGGUAGAAGCCAGGCAGUUGGUUAACCUUCUACUAAGCAAUCAGCCAGAGAACUUCAUGAAUCCUGUAAUAAGGCAGAAAAACUAUGGUGCUUUGGACUACAAAAAGGUGGCCACUAUUUGUGAGAAAUUCAAGGAUUCACCAGAUAGACUAUUCGGGAGCCUCUCGAACCGCGGUGCAAAGCAAAAUGCUCGGAAGAAGUCAAUGGACAUGUUAAAGAGAAGGCUGAAAGAUUUCAGCUGAAAUUGAUUUUGCUACUUAUUCUUGCAUGGUUUGCUUAUUGGAUUCUGUGUAGCUCUUUUGCAGCACUCUAUUUAUGCUAGCAUUUAUCUGAGUUGCAGGUAAUUGAUAGUUCAUGGUCUAUAGAGGGUAGAUGUCAACUUGUGUUGAUGGAGCUCAUAAUUUUGAAUUGCAGAGUCUUUUUGCUCAUAUGGUCAUAUGGCAUAUCCUUGGAGCAUUCAUGUCUAAGAUUUUGGAUCAACUGGAUGUCUCUUUCAUUUUAUCUGCAUGUUCACUGACCAUUUGAAAUUAUUUUAAGAAAAAUACAAAUGUUCGGUGGAUAGAGAGAAAUGAAUACUUAUAUUUUUGGUUAUCAGCAUCCAUUAGUGCAAAAAAUUGGGAAUUAGACUGCUAAUUUGGAUAGUUACAUGAUGUGAUUCUGAGAAGGGUGAACUAUGCAUUCUUAAGAAAUGUUAUUCAUAAAUUAUUGAUGCCUGUGGUUCAUUUGAAUGGUUUAUAGUUAUUUCUGGAAGUGUGAGAUAAGAAGCAGUGAAGAAAUAUCUCUGUCAUAGCUUUUCCAUUUUCCAUGUCAUUAUACAGACGGAUCUGUCAUGUACUUUUGAUGAAUUUCAUGCUAGGAAUAAGAAUUUAUAAUUCAGGCUGCAAAAUGGAGACGAGACCAUCAGUUUGGCAAGCCUCUAAUGCAGAGAAGUGAAUAAUAUUCUUGUUGUAUCAUUCUUUUACAUUCUGCAACUUUUGUUGCUUUAUUUUCAUUUUAAUUUUGUUUCCCUUGUUCUUUUCUCGACAGCAGUGGCUUGCUGCUGAUUAGUGAGAUGGUGGAACCAAACAAAAGAUGCCAUAGUCUGCUUCUAGUAAUAAUGCAACUUGAUUAUCAGAGGAUCGUCUCUAAGUGGUUCGCUGGUCCAUCAUAUUAUAUUAGCUAAUACUUCAUCAAGUUACAUAGUGAUACCACAAUGACUGCUAGAAGUACAAGAAUGGAGGGAUCACAACCAAUCAUUUUAAAGAGAUGAUGCAAGAAUUAUCCAUAUCAAAUACUUGGGGAAACACCUUCCUGAUUUUGAAUAUGGGAUCUUCAUUUAGAAGAGGGGGUGAAAUCGUGCAGAAAUGAUGAGGGUGGGAAGGCAGAUGGACAGGCGAGGCUUGGACCUCUCUUUUAUUUUUAGGUGCUUGAUAGUGCAUGACUAUUGGACAAGCAGGUCCCAGGGCUCUCAUUCAUUUCAGAUGCUUGAUGAUACAUGACAAUUGGAUAUUUUGUAGGAGCUAGAAGCUUUUGCCAUGCUGCUGUAGGUUGUCCCUGCUUUAUAGGCAGAUGUAGAUGGAAGAAGACAAGCUUUGAUUCAAAUGACUGUCCAUUUUGAGUCAAAUAAUUAGCAAAACAAGCAAAUAACCUGGAGAUGUUUUCCCAUGUGCCUUAUCAAUUUACUUGAACAAAAUGCUAUUCUAGACACAAAAAGUCUUGCUUCAGGCUUUCCGCUCCUGCAAUCUUCAAUUAAACAUAUUGUAUAGCGAUAAUCAUGCGACUUGCGCAUCUAGCCUAGUUUUACAGUAACUCUGUUCAAGCUAACAGGAUCAGGUGGAAUCCAUUUGUUUUUGGUGGAAAGCAACUUGGUUGUCAGUCUCAAGGAGCAAGAUAAGGAAUAAAUUGGUUCUAUCAUAAAGAAUGAUGUCGGGAACAGAUUUUUAUCAAUGAUGCGUGGAUAUGAACAAAGUUCAGACUAUAAAUUAUGAAGUUCAAAUAUGAAGUGAGAGGAUUUUGGCCAUUUCAAAUAUGUAUUCUUACAAGAUCUAACAGAAGAUUUGUCCGGCCUGCCAGUUUGGUUGUCUUUUUUUGGUGGAAUUUUGCUCUUCGGUGUCUCGAUAUCAUAGCUGGAACAUCAUCCAUUGUGUAAUGAACGAAAUGUUGUUGACCAUUUCUGCUGUGGAAAUGAACCUUCUCCUUGACUUAAGCUUCUUCCUACAACAAAUGGAGUUGGCUUCUAGGAAGUUCAUGAUAGUGUUUUAGACACAUUUUUGGCUUGGAGAGGAAAAGAGCAUGAUAAUAUUAGCACUGCUAGAUUUUGUUCCCAAAUGUAAGUGUUUAAUGUUCUUUUUUUUUGGCAAGAAGGUGUUUAAUGUUUUUCACC